AUGGGAUGCUCGUUUUCGGGACUGAAUGCACUGUACGACGCCGUAAAUGGAGGCGGAGACGUGUGGAUCAAUGAGAACCGGUACAGAAUCAUCAGGCAGCUCGGCGAAGGUGGGUUUGCCUAUGUCUACCUCGUGAAGGAAAUAGUCGCCGACUCAGCCUCCGGUGGUGGCGUCUCAAAGAAACUUAAGGAUUCUUCUUUCAUCUCCGAUGAUGGAACUUAUGCGAUGAAGAAAGUUCUCAUUCAAACUAACGAGCAGCUAGAGCUGGUGAGGGAGGAGAUUCGUGUUUCAUCUCUGUUUGGCCAUCCCAAUCUCCUUCCACUCCUUGAUCAUGCUAUAAUUGCAGUCAAGGCCUCACAAGAUCAGGCUUGGAAGCACGAAGCAUACUUGUUGUUUCCGGUCCAUUUGGAUGGAACUUUAUUGGACAACGCCAAUGCUAUGAAAGCUAGGAAGGAAUUCUUUUCUACCUCAGAUGUUCUUCAUAUUUUUCGGCAGCUUUGUGCAGGGCUUAAGCAUAUGCACAAUUUUGAGCCUCCAUAUGCACAUAACGACGUCAAACCUGGUAAUGUUCUUCUAACACAUAUGAAAGGACAGCCACCCAUUGCAAUAUUGAUGGAUUUUGGAAGUGCUCGUCCUGCAAGGAAACAAAUUCGCUCUCGUUCAGAAGCAUUACAAUUGCAGGAAUGGGCAUCUGAACACUGCUCUGCACCUUUCCGGGCUCCUGAGUUGUGGGAUUGCCCAAGCCAUGCAGAUGUUGACGAAAGAACUGAUAUCUGGUCAUUAGGUUGCACUUUAUUUGCAAUAAUGUAAGACACCCCUUCAUCUCAUUCAGUAAGACACCCUUUCAUCUCUUUGCACUGAAUUAUCAUUUAUAAUGCAUUAGUUGGUGUACACAUACGUUAUACGUUGACCAUGUUUCACCGUAAGUGGAGAAAUCUUAUUUUCUUAGGACUUAGAUAAUUUCAUAUCCAUAACACUAAGCACCAAUUAGAAAUUCAAAAUUAGAACUAAAUUUUUUAAGGAUAAAAAUUUGAGAUAAACAAUUCAAGAAGAUUAAUAAUCCAAUAUGAAGGGAGUUAGAAACUUGAAUACAUCUAUGUUCUAGAGGCCUACAUAUGCUACAUGAACAUAGAUUGGAAAGAAAAUAUGUGUCUACCUAUAGUUCUAGGAAAGCCAAAAAGAGUUUGGAAAUUACUAAAAGAUUGCAAGAGUGCAAAAGAAUUAGAAAGUCUAAUAGUCCAAUAAGUAAUACAUAAUAUAUAAUAGAUGGGUUAAAUUUGGUGAUUUGAUUGGAUAUGAACAAAAUGUGGCAGUUCA